AUGAAUAAGCGAUCGAGGCAUAACCAGAGCCAGGAGUUCUUCCGAUCAAAUACCCAGCCACUUGAUCUUGAGAAGUACAAUUUUAGAAAGUUUCUGAAGAGCAAAAUUCAUUUCCAGCGAAAAGACAAGAAGAGGAUCAAAGAGGAGAUGAACAAGUAUUUAGAAAGCAGUAAAUAUAACCUCAAAUUGAACUGAGACCUCCCUCAUCCAUACACGUGCUUCCAAAAUAAAGCCAAGAUCACCAGGAAGUUCUCUGAAUUACCCAAGUUUGUGAAAGUGCAGUCAGAAUCAUCAGAAUCUCUACAGAACACUACUUUGUCAAAUAUUUUCUUUAAAAAGGAGUCAGAUUUCAGGCUCCAGAGGAAGCAUUUAUCGAUGAGCCAGAUUUACAAAAGAAGCAAAAGUAAUGAUUAUACCAUUAACAAAGGGAGCGGGUCAUAUCAUUCGAAUCACAGCAACUCUUCAGAUAUUAAGUUGUUUUCUAAACUGAAAAAUAACCAAUCUGACUCAAGCCUUAAAGGACCAAUAUUGAUCAAAGAUUUCUCCAAGGAGGAAAAUAAAGACUUAGUCCUGGAUUUAAAGACUCCUAGUAGAGUGAAGACUACUUCAAAGAAUAUUAAAAAUCAGCGAAGGACGCUAAAAUUUCAGAACUCCUAGCGAUUUGCAUAACUCUCAAAUCUAUCAACCAAUAAAAUCAAAGUCAAUGAUCUUGAUUAACAAAUCCUACAGCCCUUAUUUGUCAAGGAAUCCUUUUGAGAAUAACAGGUUCAUGGGUUUCAAGAAGUUCCUGAAGAAGCCCAUCAAGAUGUCAAAGAUAGUGAAUAUCCUCAGGUCACCUGAAAAGGUAAAGUUUCUUACGUUUUUAAAAGAAAAGUAAAGAUAUUAGGAUUUGGGAGAAUUUAAUACGUUUUAGAAAUAUUGGCUUUUCAAGGUUAGGAGUGAAGAUAGAAGGUUUUAGAGGUGUUUUUAUGAGUUG